UAUAUAUAUUAAUGACCACACGCUUGAUUGUGAAAAGUCUGCCGGCGAACUGCACCGAAGCGAGUUUGAGAUCUUUCUUCAAGAAGUAUGGAACACUCAGUGAUUGCACACUGAAAUACACUAAAGAGGGAAAGUUUCGCAAAUUUGCGUUCGUUGGCUUUGAUAGCGAAGAAAAUGCCAAGAAAGCUCUCAAGGAAACAGAUCUUUCUUUUAUGGGAUCAUCUCGUUUGCAUGUGGAAGAGUGCAAACCAUUUGGCGAUGCAAAUAAACCUCGUGCGUGGAGCCAGUACUCAAAAGAUAGCAGACUCGAAUACGAAAGGAGAUUCUGGAAACUGGACGACUGCUUGUACGGAAUUUGCCUUUCACGACAAAAGAAGAGGAUUUACAUUUCUUCUUCAAAACGUUUGGAGAAAUCGCUGAACUGCAGGUCAUCGUUGACAAAAAGACUGGCCAAUGUAAAGGGUUUGCUAUCUAAUGGCAAGAUUUUUAAGGGUAAGAUGCUCAACAUUCUACCUGGCUCAGAAAACCGCGAAAGGAACGACACGGAUAAGAUUGCAGCAAGCGAGAAAACCUCUUACAAAAAGGAAAAGAUGGCGAAGCUCAAAGCGGCUGCAACGAAGUCUCAUUCAUGGAAUGCCCUCUUUCUUGGUCCGAACGCUAUAGCCGACACUCUAGCUGAGAAGCUUGGUGUUAAAAAAGGUGACCUGCUAAACUCCGAGAGUGGAGAAAGCGCAGGUGUCCGUUUAGCAUUAGCCGAGACCAGGCUUGUGCAUGAAACGCGU